AAAUCAAUCUCAUUUCCUGAAAAUAAAUUAAGUUGCUUCUAGCUCAACUUUCGAAGGAGAGAGAGAAGAAAGGAGAGCGAUGGAAGGGGAGCAUGAGGAGCAGGAGCAGGAGCAGGAACACGAGGUUUAUGGCGGGGAAAUCCCAGAAGACGGCGAGAUGGAUGGGGACACAGUCAUGGCCGCCACAGAGGAGGAUGCUUCAGCUAAGGAGCUGGAGGAUAUGAAGAAGAGGUUGAAAGAGAUCGAAGAAGAAGCUGGAGCACUUCGUGAGAUGCAGGCCAAGGUCGAGAAAGAGAUGGGCGUUGUUCAAGAUCCUUCUAAUGCUACACAAGCCAGCAAAGAGGAGGUGGACUCUCGCUCUGUCUAUGUGGGGAAUGUUGACUACGCAUGCACUCCAGAGGAAGUUCAGCAGCAUUUCCAGUCUUGUGGCACAGUGAACAGAGUCACAAUUCUUACAGACAAAUUUGGCCAACCUAAGGGUUUUGCUUACGUUGAGUUCCUUGAGGUAGAUGCCGUCCAAAAUGCAGUUUUACUGAAUGAAUCAGAGCUGCACAGUCGCCAAUUAAAGGUAUCGGCUAAACGAACAAACAUUCCAGGAAUGAAGCAAUACAGAGGGAGGCGCCCCAAUCCAUUAAUUGCUUCUCGAAUCCGUAGACCAUUUGUGCCACCUGUAUAUUCUCCUUAUGGAUAUGGGAAGGUGCCUAGGUUCAGGAGGCCGACAAGGUACCGGCCCUACUACUGAAUGGCCCUUGGCCCAUCAUAAGGACCGCAGAUAUUUAUUUGGAAUGGUAAUAUGUUAAUUUUGCGGAGGACCCACAAUAUUUGCUUGGGUUGUGUUCUUCAGAAUGUAAUUGUCAGGAGAGUGGGAGAUAAGAGACUUUAUUUAGAAGGCUGGUUGCCUUGCUGCGAUCGAGUUGCUAGUGAAACACGCAUGAUAUUCGCUGAUACGAUACGAGGCUGAAGGUUCUGUGGCCUUUCUCCCACUUGGUUCACCUCACUGAUAAGAGGUACAGUGGUAUCUGCAAAUGUUUCGUGCAGAUGUAUGGGGCCAAAUCAAUUGUGAAUCAGUGCAUGAAUUUGGCUCUCUAUGAUGGAUUGAGCUCUGAUGAUUGGAUUUCAGAUAGAAACCAGUGGAUUUGUGAGCAGUAGGGUAAAAAAAUAGUGAUGUCUUUAUUUGGGAUUAAGUUUCGAAAUGUCGUAUCUGAACUUUAUUGAAGGAGAUACUGAUGUCGAAUCGUGCUUUGAUGGUCUUAGCUAAUUCGUGUUUGAAGCGUCCCGUUAAUUUUUAAUGCCUUGAUCCUCUUUAAAAAAAGAAAAAAAAAAAAGAAAAAAAAAAAAGAAGGUGGAACAUGCAAGUAAACCAUAUAUACCUGUGGUUAAUGGGAUCAGGUACACCACUGGCUCGUACAUGGUUCAGCGGAUGCUCUUGUGGUGCACCAUUUGCAUGUCUUGCAGAAGAACGAAUGUUUAUUUAACGGGAUAGAUUUGUAAUAUCUGAAUGGUUUAAUGAAGCGAAAAACAUAUAUGGAUUUAUGUUUGGAAAAACUUUAUAUAAGGUUGUAUAACUGUGAUUGUUAGAAU